UUCAUUUAAACAAUUUAUAUCAUUCAAUUAGUAACUAUCUCAUAAAUUUUAUAGAUAAAAUUGAUUAUUGAAUAGUGAAUAGUGUUUAAUUUAAACAAACAAAAGUCAAUUUUUUGAUUGAAAUGAAUUUGAAUAAUUCAAAUAUUAAUAGGAAUUUAAAUUAUCCUAUAUGGCUUGAUAAACAAAAAUAUCCAAAUUAUAUAACUACUUCAAAGAUGAACUAUACUCGAUAUCCAAAUCGAAAGCUUACUCCAGCUGCUACUUCAAUUCGACUUCGUCGUAAUGAAAACAAUUGUUAUGCAUCAUCUGAUCAUCAGAGAUCACCAAGUGCACCAAAUCUAAGAUGUGAUAUGCCAGUGAAUUGUCAAUAUGAUAGGCAAGAGGAUAAUUUGUUCAAGUAUCGUAGACCACGUCAAUUGUUACGUCGAAAAGAUUCUAUUCAAGCUGCACCACCAAAUGUUUUAUCCGAAGAUAGAUCAUUGUAUAAAUCUACGUUUACCGGACAGAUGGGUCCCCGUCCAUCUAGAAUUCAACCACGUGAACAAGGUAUAAAUGGUCUGGAGACAGCUCAACAAAAAGUCAAAAGCCUUCUCGAAUCGAAGGAUUUAACUCACAUAAAUGAAGAUGUAUACAAACAAAUUUAUCCUUUACCAAAUGAUUCAACUUAUAAUACUGACUUCAAUGAACACAUUUUCCAAGAUGUUUACUCAGAAAAUACACUUCCGAAUAUUAAUUCUAAGAUGCAAGAUAAUUCAACUGAUUAUCGAGAAAAUUAUCAUUCAUGGAUUAAACCACCAAGAAAUGAUGUGAUUAUGCAACGAAUUGGUUACAACUGGAAACCUACACCUGCUGUUUAUCUUCCAGAAGAUCCUAGUAAACAUGAACCAAUAGAAUCUUGUACGGUGUAUAGAUCGAAUUUUACUGAUUUUUCUAAAGAAAGAAUAAAAGCUCGUAUGAAACCUAGUCAAAAAGCAUGUUAUUCGGCUAUUAAAGCCGAUAAAUUAUUGAAUAGUUUUGAUGGUCGGCAAGAAAGAAUUCCAACAACAUUAUAUCGUGAUUCAUUUAUUGGUUUACAUAAUGUAGAUAAUUGGAGUGAUAGACAUAUAUUACAAAAUUCAUCAUCGGUUACAUCACGAACUGGUAGAUAUCAACAAAAUGAUGAUAUGUAUUGGUUUGGUGUAGAUGUAACACCAUAUAGAGAUACAAAAGAAUCAGUAUUUACAGAAUCAUGUUAUUUAGAGAAUCCUUAUGAAAAAUCACAAGCGUAAAAAUAGCAAUUCAACAUUUGUAGUACCAUUCUAUCAAAACUAAAUGAAUUAGCCUUAAGUUUAUGAAUUUAGUUUCUAAUUAGUAAACUUCUCAAAUCACAUUUUAUUUUGUUUAAUUAUUUUUUAUUUAUAAUAAUAACCUGGAACAGGAAAUUUUAGUAAUACAUUCAUUACUUAUAUACUCUUCGUCUAUGCAAUGAUAUAUUGAUAACGGCGCCAAAAUGCUUUCCAAUUUAUUUUUUGUUGUUCAUUUAAUCUAAUUAAAAUUAAUUUAUUCAUA